UCCAAUAAAUAAUUGAAACCACUCUUGCUCUCUCUUUACAAACUUAUUUUAUUGCAAAUUAUAUAAAUAUAUUUGUUUCCUUCAAUAAAGUAAAAAAUAAACCAAAGAAAGUAAGAUAGAUUUUAAUUCUGAGUUCUAACCUCCGUAAUCAGUUAAAUUAAAGAAUUGCUUUUCUUUUUUAAGAUUAUUAUUAUUAUUAUUAUUAUUAGUUUACGAAAACAGUUAACUUUGUUGUAUAUGCUCCGGGGUGAUGCCUACGGCGGUGAGUGUGGCCAGGCAAUGUUUGACGCCGGAGGCUGCGCACGCGCUAGAUGAGGCCGUGGCCGUGGCUCGCCGCCGUGGUCACGCCCAAACGACGUCGCUUCAUGCGGUCUCGGCGCUCCUCUCGCUUCCGUCGUCGCCUCUCCGAGACGCGUGCGCGCGUGCCCGUAACUCAGCUUACUCCCCUCGUCUCCAGUUUAAAGCUCUGGAGCUCUGCCUCAGCGUUUCUUUGGACCGAGUCUCGUCGACCCAACUAGCUGACGACCCCCCCGUGUCCAACUCGCUCAUGGCCGCUAUUAAACGCUCCCAAGCUAACCAGAGAAGGCACCCCGAGAAUUACCAUAUGUACCACCAAAUUCCUCAACAGUCUUCUAUUUCUUGCGUCAAAGUCGAGCUACAACAUCUUACUCUGUCGAUUCUUGACGACCCGGUUGUCAGCCGGGUCUUCGGUGAAGCGGGUUUUCGGAGCUCCGAGAUAAAGCUCGCUAUUUUGCGACCUUUUUCACAACUCCUCAGAUAUUCGCGAUACAGGGGACCCCCUGUUUUCCUCUGUAACUUGACCGAGUACCCUCCGAAUCAAGUAAACCGGAGCUCCAGCUUCUCCUUCCCUGGUUUCCCCGCCGGAAUCGUAUCCGACGGAGACGGGAAUUGCCGCCGAAUAGGAGAAAUACUUAUCCGGAACAAAGGAAGAAAUCCUCUUCUCGUGGGUGUAUGCGCUUACGAUGCACUUCGGAGCUUCACUGAGGUUCUUGAGAAGAGAAAAUAUGGCGUUUUGCCAGUUGGGUUAUCUGGAGUGACUACAGUUUGUAUCGAAAAUGAUGUUUCGAAGACGAUUAUGGAAGAUUCAGAAAAAGGGUCUUUGAGUUUAAAGUUAAGGGAGGUAAGUCAGCUAGUCGAGCAGUGUUCUGGGUCGGGUUUAGUUUUGAACUUUGGUGAUUUGAAGAACUUCGUGGAUGAAAAUUCAACGGUUGAUGUUGCAAUAGUGAGCAAUGUCGUCGACCAAAUAACGAGGUUUUUGGAGCUUCAGACCGGGAAAGUGUGGUUAAUCGGUGCCACGGCAAGCUACGAGAGCUAUUUGAAGUUUGUGAGUAAGUUUCCGUCGAUUGAGAAAGAUUGGGACCUUCAACUUCUUCCCAUAACCUCUCUCAGAUCUUCCAUGCCUGAAUCGUAUACCAGGUCUAGCUUGAUGGAGACAUUUGUUCCUCUUGGUGGAUUCUUUUCAGCACCAUCUGAUGUAAAGUUCCCUUUAAGCAAUUCUUUUCAAUGCCUGUCCCGCUCUCUCCAGCACAGUGAUAAUUCUGAGCAUGAAGUAUCUAAUGUGUCAAAGCCGGGCAUCACCUCUUCGGUUGCAGAUCAGAGUCCAUCUAGCUUGCCUUCUUGGUUGCAAAUGGCAGCACUAAAUUCUAAGAAGGAAUUGGAUGUGAAGACCAAAGAUGAUGGAGAUCUAUUGAAUGUCAAAGUUCCAGGGCUGCAGAAGAACGAGGAUAAUGCUUCUCACGAUGCUAGACGAUUUCCUGAAGCAAACUUGUAUCCAACUAUAGUCGGGUUCCAGUCUGGCAAAAAUAACAGGGACAUUGUUGCUAAUGAGGAUGUUUCCUCACAUGGAGCUACUAGGCACAUGGAUCUAAAUUCAUGCUUGCCAACGGAUGUUGAAAAGUUUUCAGCAUCACAAGCAAGCAAUCCUUUUCCUGUUUCCAAAGAGAAGACAGAGAGUUUUUCAUCUGGAAUAUGGGAAAAGCCUUCUAAAGAUGAAGAUCUCGAGUCGGGUGGUGCCAGGUCUCCUCGUUGCAGUAUCUCCAAUUCAAGCAAUGGUGAUGGAAAUCAAAGAUCUCCUGCGUCCGCAACUUCUGUGACCACAGACCUAGGCCUGGGAAUUUUCAUAUCAGGAGGUUUUAACAAGUUGAAGAAACCUGAAAAUCAAUAUCACUUGGAGCUUAGGCAAGACAUCUCAGAUUGUUGCUUGGAAAAUGCUAAUUCAGCCAAUGGUUAUCUGUUUAAUCAUAGACCUCAGUCAACAUCUGCUAGUCUGGACAAUCAUAGGCAAUUUGAUCCAAGAGAUGUGAAGAUGCUCUUUAGAGCUAUGUUUGAGAGUGUUGGCUGGCAAUGGGAGGCCAUAAGUGUUGUUACCCAAACUAUAGUUCGCUGUCGAACCAGAGGAAGUCAGAGAGGGGAUAUAUGGUUGAAUUUCAUCGGACCGGAUAGAAGCAGCAAGAAGAAAAUUGCUUACUCUCUUGCCGAGAUACUAUAUGGAAGCCGGGAGAAUGUUAUUUGUGUUGAUUUGAGCUCAGAAACUAGAAUGAUCCAUUCAGAAUCAAUCACUUGUGAUGUAAAAUUUAGAGGCAAGAGUGUUGUUGAUUGUAUUGCUGGGGAAAUGUGCAAGAAGCCUUUGGCAGUUGUCUUCCUUGAAAAUAUUCACAAGUCUGAUGUACUGGUUCGAAAUAGUUUAUUGCAGGCUAUCUCAACUGGUAAAUUUUCUGACUCCUAUGGAAGAGAAGUUAGCACAAGUAACAAAAUCUUCUUGACAACUUCAGCAGUCUCAAAGCAGCAUCAUAUCCAGAUUUCUACUAAGGACUCAUCCAAAUAUUCUGAGGAAAGAAUCUCAAAUGUAAAAGGUCGGCCACUGAGGAUUAUGAUUGAAGGUGCUUCUAAAGAUAGUGGAGCAAGCCAAAGCAGGAUACUACCUGACACCAAUUCAAAUUCAAUAGUUAACAAAAGGAAGUUGAUUGGUGUCAGUGAACCUCUGCAGCAGCGUGAUAGCUCAGAAACAGUGAAACGAGCACACAAGACAUCCUCGGCGCAUCUUGAUCUCAACCUUCCUGCUGAGGAAAAUGAACUGCAGCAACUAACAAAUGAAGGAAGCUCUGAAAAUGACUACGUUUCUGAGAACUCUGAUGCUUGGUUACUAGAUUUCAUUGACCAGGUUGAUGAAACAGUGGUUUUCAAGCCGGUCGAUUUCAAUUUACUUGCUGAGAAAAUCUUCACUGAGAUAAAAGAUAGCUUCCAAAGAACUGUUCACUCCAAGUGUAUCCUAGAUAUUGAGUCUAAUGUCAUGGAACAAUUACUUGCAGCUACAUAUUUAUCAGAUGGGUUCAAAGUGGUGCAAGAUUGGGUGAAUCAAGUCCUAAGUAGGGGAUUUUCAGAACUUCAGAAGAGAAACAACAACCUUACAGUUCAUUCUGUUGUGAAGUUAGUUACUUGUGAGGGCCUCAGCUUGGAGGAGCAAAACAAAACAAAUUACCUUCCACCUAGUAUCAUCAUAAAUUGAUGCAAUAGAUACAUCAAGAAAACAAGCUUCAUUUUUAUUUGUUUUGUAAUUAUAGAGUAUAUAGUGUCAUAAUAUAGCACUUAGUUUUUAGCUACUUCUCUUCAGGCUCUGUUAAUCCCCAUAAAUGAUUGGGUUUAUUAUGCUCUUUGUGUAUGAUAAUGUAAUUUGCAGCUAGGGCCUGUGUGAUUUUUAUCCCUUUUAUGUACUAAAUAAGUUGAAGUUGUUAAUGUUUUAUUUUUCUUUCUGUAGUC